UUAAACUUUUUUUUCAUAGUGUGCGUCUGGUCGCAAGAGUCUGUCUUUGCCAUUGUGGGAGAAGAUGUUACUCUUUCACCAAAAGUUAAUGGAACCAUAAGAGAAAUAACCUGGCUGAAAAAGAAAAAUAAAGUGGCUGAAUGGGAAGGUAAAGGGCUUCCUGUAUAUUUCUCUACAUUAACAACGAGAGGAAAGCUUGAGACAUCUUCUGGCAAUUUGACCAUCAAAAUGUUAAACACUGAUGAUGCUGCAGGGUAUGAAGUGGAGUUUCUGCUUGAUGAUGGAACUGCCGGUUUCAAACGAAAACAAAUUGUACUUGAAGUAUUGGAGCGUCCUCCACCACCAGUAUUAAACUGCAGCAUCUCUAAUGAUCGGAUUAAAAUACUGUGUACGAAAAAUUUCUCAAAGGAUGUGCUCUACAGUUGGUAUCUUGAUGGCCAAAUAGUGAAUGAUGUUAGUAGUGCUGUUUACGAAUCUGAAAAGAUUCCAGAGUCUUCCAAGACAAUGGAGUGUGCCAUUUCAGUCUCCAAGACACAAAUCAGGAGUGCGAUCUCUCUGAGCACAUGCUUCCAAGAACCUGCCGUUAGUCCUUCAAGAGGAAGAGGUGCUUUAAUCGCCAUUUUUGUUGUUCUUGUGAUAGUUGGAGGCGUACUGCUCUGUUGGUGGAAACGAGAUUGGCUUAGAGGAAUUUUCGGAAGAACACCCACAAUGCAUUCAGGUGAAGGAGCCAAGGGGAAUCAGCCUGAUCAGAGCAGAAGUGAAGAUGAUAAAGGAAGCCACAAGGAAGAUGAAAAUAGAACAUUGCUGCCAGAGGUAGAGAAGAACUCCCAGGAAUCGAAAGCAGUGACCACAAACGACCCUCCUGGUAAUCAAGAGAAUCCAGAGGAAGAGAAGAACUCUCAGGAAUCGAAAGCAGUGACCACAAGCGACCCUCCUGGUAAUCAAGAGAAUCCAGACUAUGAAAAUAUCAAGGAUCCAGGAGAUCCUGAGAAAAGAAUUUACCUGGAAUUUGGGCAAGGUGACUAGGCCGCAGAUCUUAAACUGCCAAUGCAGACAGACCAGCAACACAAUGGACCAAACUGAUCUGCAGAGUAACAAAAGACAUUGAGAGAAGAAAUGAAAUGAACAUCUUGCAGGCAUCACCCAGAAGCUCUGGAGUUUUCCCUAAUAGAGAUGUUAUUUAUUAGUUCUCAAGCUUCCAUGAGUGCCCACUUUUAUCUUUCCAGGGUUGAUGCCCUCUUUCUUUAAUGCCACCUAUUUUGAGAGAGGACAGUCAAGGAGCCUGAUAUAUUUAUUCUAAUAUUUUCAGAUGUUUACUAACAAAAGUGAAUGUAGGCAGAUCAAAAAUGAAUUGAUACGAGAUACAACUUCAACCAUAAUAUUAUUUACAUUUAGAAAAGUAUUCAGAAAGAAAUGCUCGUUUUCCCCUCCUCCCUAUCUGAAAGAAGAGGCUCAACAACACUGUCCAUGCAUAGAUGAAAAAGUCAGACCUCAAAGGAGGUGGAAUCAAAUCUGCCACUUACUCUAGCUCAGUGGUUCUUAACCUGUGGGGUUGGCCCGCGAAAGGGUUGUGACCCAAUUUUAAUGGGAUCACCAGGGAUGGUGUUAGACUCGCAGAUCGUUUCACAACAGAUGAAAGUUUGGGCAAGUAAUAGAACACAUUGCCUCCCAGGCUGGAACUGCGUGUGCAAAGGAACAACUUAGUUUUGCCUGGAAAGUUCUCUCAGAAAGGUACCUGAAUUUUCAAUCCUCCAGGCUCAACAUCUGAGGCUAUGUGUAGAGUGCAGGCUUUUUUUAAAAAAAAAUCUUCUAAAAAAACUUUUUCUGAAAGAGAGCGUCCACAGUUUUCAAAGCACAUCGGAAAAAACAAUCUGCUUUUUUGAAAGAUAAGAGUCCACUCUGAAUGGAUGCUCU